ACCAAGGCGAAUUUAGUAGGAAGUAUAAAUUCGCCUUGCCUUGUACCGAAUCUAAAAAUCACAACAAAAAAGCAAUAAUGGAUAACACGCAAGGAAAUAAAAACAGCUGUUGCGAAAACAAAUGGGAUAUAAAUCCUUCUGGCUCUUAUCUAGAUUAAAACUUUUCAAACUUAAUUAAAAUUAUGUUGCGAAACAACCAGAAAAGCAUAACUCGUUUGUUCGGACACUUUGAAGGGAUGUUCCAACGCAACUUUGCUUCGAACAUCCGUCGAAGUAGCAAGUCCAUGACGUCAAAGAACAACAUUCACGCCGUCUCCCCACCAGAAAGUGCUAAUGGACUAGAAGUGCCUCAGGAGGAGCCAGUGAACGCACACUAUUUAAAAUGCCAAAUAGGCUCCACUCAUCGUAGAUGGAAUGCCGUACUAGAAAAGCAUCCAGAAUUGAAAACCGUUAAACGACAAGACGCAGUUAACACAGCCAAUGCUUUGAAGAGGUUAAAUUUUGAUGUCGAAACAAUACUCACAAAGCCAUUAAUGCUAUAUCAAAAUGCCCUAACAGUCGAGAAUCGUUACCAAGUUCUUCAUGAGUGUGGUUUUCAACCCAUCACUCUGGUGUUGUUGUCGAAAUACAUAACUGUUUUAAAUAAGACAGUUUCUAUGUUGAAAUCCCAUGGAUAUAUCCCAUUCGAGUCAAAUGUAUUGGAAAACUUAUGUAACAGUUUCAAUGAUCUGGAGCUACCCGCCGAAAGAUUUAAGGAUUUAAACGAAGCAAUACAUUUAAAAUAUUUUCGAGAAUGCAUACUUAAUGCAUAUCUGCGGCAACGUUUAGAUACGAACGACAACGACAUUAAAAAACUAUGGCAAGUGUACCACCGUGUGCGCCACCGCAGUUUCAAAUCAGUCCAAUCAGUAGUGCAGGUGCUGCUCGAAGAUCUACGAUUUCCAAAAGAGCGUAUAAUUAAAAAUGCUUACCUAUUAUAUGGUGAUGCGGAUAAUAUUCGACGCAUUAUCAAAGAAAUUGUAAGCAUAGAUGGGCAGGAUAUGCGCGAUAUUGUCUAUCGACGUCCGAAGAUAUUAAUGUCUUCCUGUGAUGGAUUGUUGAAAACACUUGAACAUGUAAAAGCGUAUGGCAUUUCUGAAUCGGCAGUCACAAAAUGUUUGGAAAUAUUGACACUUGGAUCGGAUACAGUAUUGGAACGACUGAAAGACCUGCACACCAUUGAGGAAUUCAAAGUGUUGGGCACCAACCCACGUGUACUUCGGCUGGUACAUUACCAAAACAAAGCUCGUUUGCGCCUAGAAUACCUGAAUCAGCUAAAGGUGCGUUGUGCCUCGUUACACAUUUUAUCAGGGGGCUCGGAAAAGUUUGCCAAAUUUGCACGCGAGGGAACCGAUCGCACUAAAGGCCGUGAUGUUGUAGUUUAUUUGGCAAACAUUUUGAAGAAAGACGAAAAUGAUGUGCGCACAUUACUUGCAAGACAUCCAAAUUGGUGUCACAUACCGGUGUUGCAACUAAAGCAGUGUUUUGAUUUUUUACAAUCGAAAAAGUUUCCAAUAUCGGCCAUUUAUGAUAACAUCCACGUAUUAUUAUACCCCAUACAACGGAUAGAAGAGAAGCUUAUGCAACUACAAAACCCAGAAGUUCUGGAAGAAUUACAACUGCCGGUGAACAGCAUUUUUUAUUUGGAUAACCAUGAAAUGCUCACACUCAUUCUUUACUUAAUCGAAUGCGAAUUCCAUUUUACUGGAGAUGGCAUUUGGACGGAACAACAAACUCAACCUGUGGAGAACUUUAACAACCUACUGCCUGAUUUUCCUGAGGGCCUAAACAAAGUCUAUAAAUACGGAAUUAAACCCGCCGAAAGCAGCAGUUCCACAGUACAAAGAUCCGACUCAGUAACUGUGCAAAAUUGAAAAGGUGUAAAUAUUAAACUUACAGAUACAUAUGUACUAUGAUCGAAGUAAACGAAA